ACGUAGGAAUGGCAUGUACAAAAAAUCCGAAAAAACGCGCAUUUUUGCUUAUCCCUUACUUUCGUCUUGGCCUUCGUUCUCUGCCUUCGUAAUUUCGUAUAUACGCAUUAGCUACUAGCAAGUUGUUCUCCUUACAAGCCGGCAACCGAUUUUGAAUUACAGUAGGUCAAGAAAACUAGUAGUAAAGUUUAUUGUUCCGUUUGCCAAUUUCAAGAAUAGGUAUUGAUUUAUUACAAAAUGAGCUCAAACAUAGAAAACAUGACCACCCAAAGCGCUAUCUAUCGCGUGAACACUGAGAGCACACUGUUCGAAUUCGUGUCGGAGCAAAAGAAUGCCUUGGCUGCCUCGAUCGCCAGCCUUCCAGUGGAGGAAGCAUCCAAGCAGAUUGAGCUAGCGUUAACCUUCAUGAAGUAUUAUAUGGAACAGGAGGACGAUGGACUGCUUGACGAACCGACAGCGAUACACCGUGUUGUAAUCGAUACUCGCAAGUCGGUGUUCGAGAUUUUGCUGGAUCUGCACUCGUCGAUGAGGGCGACUUGCGUCGGUUUCAGUCUAUAUUUUACUGGCGAAGAUGCAUCGAAGGAUGCGUUUGUGCGGAAAUUACUGGAGUUCCCGAAUUUUGAUACUGGGGCGAAAGAUUUGAACAUUCCCAAACUAAGCUUCGAUGUUUCCUACUGUACCAUGGUGGUGUUCGACUCCAGUGAUUUGGAGUCAGCAACGGAUGUACUUGCCAAAGCUUGGGUUAACUGCUCGGUUCCAUGGGUGAUUAGAAGCAUACUGGUACAGGAAACUGCACAGGAGAAAUUCAUUGCGCUAAUGGAGAACAAGCUGAAACCGUUCGCUGAUAAUGUGCCAUUCGAGAGGGAGCUGCGUGACGCUGUAAACAAGGCUUCCAAGACUGGAUUGAGAUUAAUUCAAAAUCCAACGGAUUCAAAAGAUCUGAAACCUACGGUAGUGUACGGUUCCAGUGUAGAUUUCUUUUUAGAGAAAGGCUCACCCCAGCCAAGCCCGGUGGUGGUGUUGAAUGUUUUCAGGACUGCUAAGGAGGCAAUUAGUCUAGCUAACAAAGACAACGGAGGAUCUGUAUCUCUGUGGACUGAGGAACUUUCGCUGGCCUUCGAAACCGCCUAUGCGGUCACUGCGCAAAGCGUCUGGGUAAACAGUUAUGCCACGUUUAAUCCAGCAUUCCCCUACACAUUCCGCCGGAACGACUUUUGCUAUGGGUCAAAGUAUGCCAUCUGUGAGAAAAAGGUUAAAACGGUCUUUGUACCUUCACCGGAAAACCCCGUAAAUUCUGUUGAGAAAAACAAAGCUGCCAUCGGCUCAUUAGGCGUUAUUCCCAGCGAAGUCACCGAACAGCGUUAUUCAUUUGUCAGGAAUGAGAAGAAUAUUCACUACGAGAUGGUGAGCUUACCGUAUAAAAUUGAAAAUUUUAACGCUGAAAAUCAUAUGCAAAUUGUGGAUAAGUUUUGGGAUAUGUUUAUAACUAUCGAUAUGGCGGAUAGGAACCUAGUGCUGGACACGGUUUACAACCAGCGAAAAACUGUUGUCAUUCCAUAUGGCGUGAGCUUCGCAAAUUGAUUUUUAAAUGUUACGUGUUAAAGUACAAUUCAAUAAAAUGCAUGCGAUUAUAAAGAUGUAUAAC